AUGGCCCCAGAAAAGACUAACGGCGAGGUCGCCACGAUACCGCUCAUUAUCAACAACGAGCUCGUCAUCACCGAAAACCUAUUCGAAGUUCGUAAUCCAGCAACAGGCAAACUUAUCAGUCAAUGCGCCGGAGCAUCUGUGAACGAAGCAAACCUCGCCGUUACAUCUGCAAAAGCUGCAUUUUUAGGCUGGAAGACUAUAAACCCAUAUAAACGCAGGGCAAUCCUUUCCAGGGCCGCAGAUGUCAUGCUCUCUCGAAAGGAAGAGCUCAUCCAAUAUCAAAUGGAGGAGACUGGAGCAGCGAGGAUGUUUGUGGAAAUGACAUUUCACACGGGUGUAGAAUUUGUGAGAGAUUUCGCAGCCAUGAUUCCUAGUAUUGAGGGCAGAGUACCAACUGUCUCGGUCAAAGAUGAAAAGGCCAUGGUCUUAAAGCAGCCAUAUGGUGUUAUUUUGGGAAUUGCACCUUGGAACGCGCCUUAUAUCCUCGGAAUACGCGCAGUUGCCCUCCCAUUAGCUGCUGGCAACACCGUAAUCCUCAAGGGCUCCGAACUAUCGCCCAAAUGUUUCUGGGCUUUGGGUGAUGUGUUUCGGGAGGCUGGUCUUCCAGCCGGUUGCUUGAAUGUUAUUUACCACCAGCCAUCUGAAGCGGUGGCGGUCACCAAUGCACUUAUCGCGCAUCCAGAUGUGCGCAAGAUCAGCUUCACGGGGAGCACCAACGUCGGUGCUAUAAUAGCGUCAGCUGCUGGAAGAUAUAUCAAGCCAGUGCUGCUGGAAUUAGGCGAGAAAUUGUUUGGGAAGAAGAUGGAUGCUCCAGUGCUGGUAAACGCUAGUGCAGUGAAUAAAAACAGAGACUUGGUGCACGAUGCACUCUCCAAAGGAGCUGAUAUUGUCUAUGGAAACCCUGAGGUCAACGAGUCUUCUGCUAAUGGCUUGCGGCCUGUGGUUGUGGGGAAUAUCACAAAAGAAAUGAACGUCUACCAUACUGAAUCCUUCGGGCCAACAGUCUCACUAUUUGUCGUCGAUAAUGAGGACGAAGCCAUUCAAUUAGCCAACGACACAGAAUAUGGUCUAACAUCGGCAGUCUUCACCACCAAUCUGUUCAGUGGCCUCCGGGUAGCUGAUCGUAUUGAAUCUGGAGCUGUUCAUAUCAACUCCCUUACGGUACACGAUGAGUCGACUCUCCCUCACGGAGGAUGGAAGAGCAGCGGAUUCGGCCGAUUUGGCGGAAUUUCCGGAUAUGAUGAGUGGCUGCAGACAAAGACAGUCACCUGGAUGGAAUAA